CCAUAAAAAGCGCCGCAGUAGCGGCCCCGCAGUGUUUUGCGGCCCCGCCCGCCCCCUUUCGCAGCGCAGAGAGCCGGCCGCGUGCGCACUGCUCCGCCGCGCCAGCAUGUCCGCGCUGAGCUCCGCCCGCCGCCUGCUCCUGCUGCGCCCGCCGCAGCUCGCCUGCCCGCGGGCCGCCCGGAGCCGGGGCUGCAGCAGCGCCAGCCCGCGGAACCCGCUGGUCUACCUGGACGUGGGAGCCGACAACCAGCCCCUGGGGCGCGUCGUGUUGGAGCUGAAAGCUGAUGUGGUUCCAAAGACAGCUGAAAAUUUCAGAGCUCUUUGUACCGGUGAAAAGGGUUUCGGGUAUAAAGGAUCCACCUUUCACAGAGUGAUUCCUUUAUUUAUGUGCCAGGCUGGGGACUUUACCAACCACAAUGGCACAGGAGGAAAAUCCAUUUAUGGCAGUCGAUUUCCAGAUGAAAAUUUCAUACUUAAGCAUGUUGGACCUGGUAUACUCUCAAUGGCCAAUGCAGGACCCAAUACAAAUGGGUCUCAGUUCUUCAUUUGCACUGCCAAAACUGACUGGCUAGAUGGAAAACAUGUUGUGUUUGGCCAUGUAAAGGAAGGAAUGGAAGUUGUGAAAAAAAUCGAGAGCUUUGGCUCCAAGAAUGGAAAGACCUCAAAGAAGAUUGUCAUUACUGACUGUGGUCAGCUGUCGUAACCCCACUGCCUGUAA